CCGGUGUAAUGGCGAAAGGAUUUUUUUUAUUACAAAAGAGGGGAGAUAUAAAAAGAACAUCUUUCAGUAUUAAUGAUGCUAUAAAAAAUUAAUAAUCUUUAGUAUUGGAGUAUCUAUGUAUUAUUUCCAUUUCAAUGUUGUUCAUAGUGCAUAUGAAUAAAUAAAAUAUAUAUUCACACAAUAUAUAUUGAUGAAUUCACUAAAAAAGUUCCUGUGUCAUGCUGUGCAUCUCAGAGCAUUUCAUCUGUACGCAUUGCUUAUCAAUUCAAUUUAAUUAUUGAAGAUGACAAAAGCUAAUUAAUAAAAAAAAGUAUUUAAUUAUAAAAUUAAAGUAGAUAAAAAAAUGACUGUUGAAAAGUUAGAUGAUAGUAAUAAUAACAUAAUUAUAAAUGACAAUCAGCCGUUGCGUGAAACCCUGGUAAAUACUGCUGUAAAAUUUCUACAAAAUCCUAAAGUAUCAUCAAGUCCAUACAAACAAAAACAACAAUUUCUUUUAAGAAAAGGGCUCACAAAUGAUGAAGUAAAAAAAGCUUUUGAGUUAGCUGCAGUCACUCAAUUUCCUGUUGAGAAUCAAGUAGAAUUUUCGUCUGUUACUAUUCCUCCUCGAGUUUUUCAAAAUCAUACGAAUUAUAGAAGUCUAACAACAAAUAAAUAUUUUUAUGCAAUUAAGGAAUUUUUCAACUUAACAGCUUUCAUUGGUACAACUCUGUACUGUCUCUACUGGUUUUACAAGAAAUUCAUUGAACCGUUCUUCUUUCGACGUAAAAAAAAAGACUUAUCAAAAGAUGAAAGUAUUACUGAAACAAAUACUGAUAAUGAGACAUUGAUUCUCAAUUCUGUCAAAGAAAUGAAAGAUUCUAUUACAAUAGUAGAAGAAAAUGUCAAAAAAUUAGCAUGUAAUCAUUAUUUACCUGAUCCUACGAUUCCUCAUUUGGUUCAAGAAUUGAAACAAGAUCUGGCAAGUUUAAAAGGUUUGCUACUCUCGAGAAAACAAUUUCCAAAUGCACCACCUUCAAUCCCUCCAUGGCAGCUAGAGUCAGCUACGACUUCUAACAAUGCUCAGAGUCGUGAAAAAACUACAGAUCGUGAAGAUGAUGCUGCGAGUGGUAGUAGCAGUACAAAUAAUUCAGAUAGUUCAUUAGAAAUGAUUCGAGAAGAUCCUCCAAAAUAAUGAUAAUUUUGUAAAUGGCAUUAAAAGUUUCUUAUAUAAUUUAAA